AUGGCUUCUGCACGCGACAAAUCCGAUUCCUUCCUCAGCGACCUCGAUACGAAAACCAUCGAAUUAUUGCGAAAUCCACACUCGGCCCUUCCCCUGCUCAAUAUGGGCCUUCAGAAUUAUGGAAGUAACUGCUUUAUCGAUGCGGUUCUGCAAAUACUUCUCGCAACGGGUCCGAUGCUCUCCUACUUACACCGACAGCACAGCAAUCCUGACUCCUGUGCCAAUACUAGGCAUCAAGUAUUUUGCGGACUGUGCGCACUGCAUCGCCUCUACAGGGCGCAUCAUUUGGCAAACAUAAUGGAUAAGGGGGCAAACGAGGAAUUCGUGUAUUCCGUGUCAAUGGUGAGUGAAUCCCUACAAUUUAAUCGUCAUGAAGAUGCUCACGAAUAUCUGCUGGCACUUCUCAACCUCAUGGCAAGGAAUGCUGACAUAGCAGAGUUAGAGAAGUCGCCCACCUCUUCCAAUCAUAACAUAAUUCGGAAGCUGUUUGGUGGUCAGACAGUUACAAAGGUACCGUGCAGUGUUUGUAGUACAUCAUCCCAGUCAUUCACUCCACGGAAUGACAAGUUGGACUAUCACGUGGACUUCCCCCUCCUCUUCGGCAUGACUCCACACAUGGCUGAUUCGAGUGGUCCGCCUGUGCGGUAUCGCCUAUACCCCACCAUCAACCACCGAGGUGGCCACUCACAAUGCGGACACUAUGUGGCCUUCACCAGACGUCGGUACAAUCUGUGGUACUGUCACAACGACGACACCGCCACCAACUCUAAUCGCAAGGAUCCAGAUGGACAGGUGUCAAGAAUCCGUGUUGCAGUGAUUGACUUGAGACCUCCUCGAAGCUCUAAUGAACCACAUCGGUGUGGGAAUGGAGGAUAUAAUAUUACCGCACACAAUAGACGCGAGACCAUCAUCCGGCCUUCCUGUCAUGUGACCAAGACUCAGAAUGGGAGGCGCUCGAUGGAUGCGAUGAUCACAUCCGACGCCAAGUCAACCUCUGAGACGGUGUGUCGACCGAUUGGUCAGAUCUGUCCAAUGGAACUUAGCCAAUCGUCAUUGAUUUCCGAUAGUCAAUAUGAGUGCAGUUCAUCAACCGUAUGCUUCACACCUCGAGCAGGCGACUUUGUGGACUGGUGUGAUGCGAGUCGCUCUGAGGGUGCGAGUGGGGUAUCAAGCAUCGACAUGACUUCCACUAAUGCAGACAUGCAUUCCUGUCGGGAGGGAGAAAUGGAAGAGUGGUGGGAGCAUGAGAAUCAAUUUUCUUGUGGCCUUAAUCGUGCUGUUUCGUGCUCUAGCAGCGACGAGGAAAGCGAUGGCUUUGGUGAGCAGAAUGGAGAACGAAACUGCAGGGAAUCUAGCUCUCGUCUGCGUUCCUCUGAAACCGCUUACCACCUUCUUGUCAAAAUAACUCAUCAGCAGAGGCCUCUGUCGUUUAGGCACGUCUUCACUCAAGAACGCAUAGAAAACGUGGUGAAGAUGGGAGUGGGCACCUACAGCAAGGUGUUCACCUUCCGGAAUGAGAAUACAGUGGUGAAGCUAAUCCCCAUUGAGGGCGGCCUCAACUUCCAGGGUCGUCAACAAAUGCGGGCUUCUGAUGUGCUGCCCGAGGUGAUUGCAAUGCGAGCAGUCUCCCAACUGGACACCUGCCCUGCCCUCGUGCCCCUCUCUGACCGCAGCAAUACUCAUAACUUCGUGCACUUGCAACGAGUCAGUGUUCUGCAGGGCUCCCUACCCUCCUACCUCCUCUCUGCAUGCAAGCAGCUUCAGUCAGUCGAGAAGUCUGCGAAAAUUGAAACAAAUGCAUUUCCCAAAACACAAAAGUGGGUCGCUCUGGAGUGUGACUAUUGUGGAGACGUGAUAUCAGACAAAUGGCCGUCGUGUCUGCAGGCGCGACUGUCGAUCUUCUGUCAGACUGCCCUCGCUUUGGCGGUGGCGGAACGCAGACUGCGGUUUGAGCACCGCGAUCUGCACUGUGGCAACGUGUUGAUGAGUUGUGUGGAGGGAAUGAGAGAAUGUGAGAACGAGGCACCCAGUUCGACUCUGGACGGUGUUGUCUAUCGGCCCUGUGGUGGACCACUCGCUAGUGUUAUCGACUUCACCUUCAGUCGGUUGGAUCACAAUCAAGCCCCUCUCUUCUCCGACAUGUCGAAGGUCUGUGAAGGAGCUCGUACCAGUGAGCACCCAAUCGACAUCAUUUACAGCCAGAUGCAAGAGGAACUGGGAAACCACUGGGGGCAGUAUCGACCUCGCACGAAUCGUCUGUGGUUGAAUUUGAUUGCCCUCUGGCUUUGGAAAGCCAGCAAAGGUCCCCCGUGCAACAUUCAUCCUGACACUGAUGCGAAGUUGAAGUGGAGCAUAAUCCUGCAUUUGCUGAUGAACAGCCAAUCUGCUGCAGACUGUGCACAAAGCCGAAUUUUCUGCAUCGUUCCUCUUUUGAUGAUCCCCAGCAUUCCAUCUCGUUGGUUCCAGAGUUCGGGGUAA